AUGGCCUUCCAGUACCCCUACAGCCACCACCACAUGGCUCAAGCCCCGCCUAUGGACCAGGGCUACUUCCACCAGGCGCCCCAGGCGCCCAUGUCGUCCCACUACUCGGCGCACUACGACUACGACAUGACCCGCGAUAUGGGCUAUGACAUGACCCGAGGCGGCUACCCGACGUACCACAACAUGGGUUAUCCGCCUCAGGUUGUGCCCCCACCCAUCCAGAUGCCUGCCCCCGCCCCUCCUGCCGUGACCGGAGGCGUGUCUGCCACCCUGGACUACGAAAUCAAGGACAUGGCCGAGUUUCUCACCACCAUGGCCCUAGGCAUCAUGAAGCCCAACCCGGAGGUGGGCCACGACGCGUUCAAGGCGUUUGCCUCACAGGUGCUCUCGGCCACGCGGCUGCCCCGCGCCACCGUCGUGCUCUCCCUCGUCUACCUGUCGAAACGAUGGGCCAUGAAGGAUCUCGAGCUGGGCCACGAAAAGUCAAGCGGCUACAUUUACCGCAUGUCGGUCGUGUCGCUGCUGCUGGCCAACAAGUUCCACGACGACAACACUUUCACCAACCGAUCCUGGUCCCAGGCCACCGGCAUCGCUGUCGGCGAACUCACCACCCUGGAGGCCGACUGGCUGCAGAAAAUCUCGUGGUCGCUGCAUCUCGAUCAGCAGGACCUCAAGGGCUGGCACCGAUGGAACGACUGCUGGAACUACUGGGUCGCAAACAGCCCGAAGAGCUCGGCGGCUUCGUCGCCGCUGGUGUCUGUCUCCAACUCGGAGGUGUCGACCACAAACACAUCGCCCCACGCGUCGUCGCCAGUCUCGCCCGUGUCGCUGUCCAAACCCAAGGUUGGCUCCGUCAUCAUGACCUCGCCUACCCGGCCCUUCUACACCGUGCCCUCUUGGUACAACCAGCCCGCUAGCAACAUGGACAGCGCGUGUGCUCCCCAGCACCACCACCAGCAGCAUCCCCCCUCCGCUUUCACAUCCUACUUUCAACAAUCGUUUGCAUCAGUAGGACCGCCUGUGCAGGCCCCUAUGCAGGCCCCCUCGAUACCCCCUCCCCAUCACCAGAUGGACCACCACCAUGUGGCUCCUCAGGUGAUGCCCAUGCCCCCUCCCCAUCACAGCACCCACCACUAUCCGGAGUGCAAGGAGGGCCCCAUCGCCAGUUACUACAACCCCGUCUGUGACUGCGCCCACUGUGUCUUUGAUCCCUUCCCCAAGCACGUUGUUGCUUGCUAA